AUGAAAGCAGCUGUCAUCACAGGUUUCACACAACCUCUCGAGAUCAAGCAGGUGGAAAUCCCUAAACCGAAGAACAAAGAGAUUUUAGUGAAAAAUAUCGCUUGCGGUGUUUGUCAUUCCGAUUUACAUAUUACUAAAGGAGAUUGGGAUGAGAAAUGUUCUCUUCCUCGUAUCCCAGGCCAUGAAGGCAUUGGUGAAAUUAUUGAAUUAGGCUCGCAAGUCGAUAAUCAUCUACAAAUACGAGAUAUUGUGGGUAUUCCAUGGACUUACUCGACUUGUCUUAAAUGCGAGUAUUGUUUAUCGGGUCAAGAAGCAUUGUGCGAACAAUUGAUGGGUACUGGAUUCUCGUAUGAUGGUUGUCUUGCUGAAUAUACACUGAUGGAUAGUGAUUUUGUUGUCAAACUACCUGAUGGAAUGGAUCCUUAUACAUCAGCACCACUCUUUUGUGCUGGUGUGACUGUAUACAAAGCAUUGAAAAUGUCUGGGGUUCCACCAAACGAAUGGGUAUCGAUCGUUGGAGUAGGCGGUCUCGGAUCUGUGGCCAUUAAAUACGCUGUUGCUAUGGGAAUGAAAGUUCUGGCUGUUGUAGCUCCAAACGAUCAAAACGCGGUGAAUCUAUCAAAAGAAAUGGGAGCCAGUGAAGUCUAUGAUGGUCCGAGUGAUCAACAUAGUCAAUGGGUUCAAGACAAAUUGCGUGGAGUGCAAGCAGCUAUUGUCACUGUUCCGCUUAUUCAAGCUUACGAUGAAGCAUAUAAGUCAGUCAAACGUGGUGGUCGCAUUGUAGCUGUAGGUUUACCUAAUGGAACGAUGUCCAUACCAAUUAUAGAUUGUGUUUGUCGAGGAAUUCAAUUGAUUGGUUCAAUGGUUGGUUCACGAGAAGACUUGAAAGAAGCUUUAGCGAUGGCCAAAGCACAUAAGAUUUCGUGUAAAAUUCAAAAGCGUAAACUAGAAGAUAUUAAUCAAGUUUUCGAGGACAUGAUCAAUUAUAGGAUCAAUGGCAGGGUUGUCAUUGAUUUUACUUUGAAAUAA